GUAAAAUUGGAACAACAACAAAAUACACAAACUAUAAAAGCGACUUAUAAUCAGCCCCAGAAAACGCAAAUUAGUUCGAGACGUUUUCCAUAGUUUAGAUUGUAAAACUAUUUCUUCCUACACUAAUUACGAACGAGGCCCGUAAUUUGCUCACAAGAAACACAUUCAGAAUAAACAAAUUGCUGGGCGUGGGGUUUGAGUUGGCGUAUCUAGGGAUUCGUUAAGAAAUUUUAUUUUCUUUAAAAAUCCGUAGACAAUGUCGGGAAUUCUCCCCGUGUGCUGAUACCAGAAUCUAGGGUUUAAUUUCGCACUUGAAGCUGAAGAAUUUAGAGUCCACGAAAUUGUGGAUAUUGCUGCAGCUUGAGAAGAAUGGUGAGUGAUACUCGUUCUGCUAGAAGAAGUAAGGAAGAAGCAGAUGACAGUAGUACAAAGAAGAAAGUGAACGUUCGAAAAGAUCCGUCAACUCGCAGUACUGAUGUAUCGGAUCCAAGAUCAGCUAGGGAAGCAUCUUCGUCCAGGCCAACAACGCCAAACCCUAAAAGUAGGGCAUCGUCCAGACAGACGACGACGAGUCCUCAAAUUAUGCGCAAGUCCAAGCGUCUUGAUAAGGGUUUGCCGGCUUUGACACCUCCCAUGAAGAGGAAAUCUGAAAGACUAGAAAAACACAAUACGCCAAGCCCUGUUAGGAGGUCUGAUAGGGGAAAGAAAAAUUUAGCAUCAAAUGCUUCUGGUUCAAAGCAGCCUGCAAAGGAGCUUAGUUCGUCAGGGUCGAAGAGAAGGAAGGAGAAGACCUUGAUUGAGUUGACAACGGAAAGCAAAAAAGCUGAAGUUGACCUGGAAGCUGUUGGCAACAAGAAGAGAAAGAUGAUGGAUGCUCGCUCUUUCAGAUCUAUAUUUAAAAAACAGCGGAUUAAGGAUAUCGUGCUUGAUGGUGAUGGAGAUCUGGAAGGACGAGAUAAAGUAUCUGAUGUUUGCAGUGGUAAUAGCAAAGGCGUUGACUCUAAUAAGCCAAUAGGAAAUGAUGAGGAUAUUAGUGAUGAGUGCAAUAGAGGGGUGGUGGGGAAUUUAAGAGACGAAAGUAUUGAUAAAACUGACAAUGAAGCUACUCGAAAGUCAGUCUGUAGUUCCAAAGGCUGUCACACAGACAUCGAGAAUGACGUCAUUGUGGAUUCCGGCCUUGGGAACAAUGUUGUUGGCCAGCCUUGUUCAAAAGACUCUCAGAAUAGUUUGAGUGUCCGAGAAACGUUCGAUAAUACUGAAAGAUCAUCAAAAAUUUGUCUUUCCACCGACAAUAUAGAUGCUCAAAAGUCAGUUUGUAGUUCGAAAGGCUGUCACACAGACAUCGAAAAUGACGUCAUUGUGGAUUCCGUCCUUGGGGACAAUGUUGUGGUUGAUCCUUGUUCAAAAGACUCUCAGACUAGUUUGAGUGUCAGAGAAAUGUUCGAUAAUACUGAAAGAUCGUCAAAAAAUUGUCUUCCCAUCGAUAACAUAGAUGCUCAAAAAUCAGUUUGUAGUUUGAAAGGCUGUCACACAGACAUAAAAAACGACGUCAUUGUGGAUUCCGGCCUUGGGGACAAUGUUGUGGUCGAUCCUUGUUCAAAAGACUCUCUGACUAGUUUGAGUGUCAGAGAAACGUUCGAUAAUACUGAAAGAUCGUCAAAAAAUUGUCUUUCCACUGACACUAUAGAUGCUCAAAAGUCGAUUUGUAGUUUGAAAGGCUGUCACACAGACAUCGAACAUGACGUUAUUGUGGAUUCCCGCCUUGGGGACAAUGUUGUGGUCGAUCCUUGUUCAAAAGACUCACACACUAGUUUGAGUGUCAGAGAAACGUUCAAUAAUACUGAAAGAUCGUCAAAAAAUUGUCUUUCCACUGACAAUAUAGAUGCUCCUGAGUCGGAAAGUUCAACUUCCUUGGCAAGAUCACAAGAUGGUUCUGCAAGUUCAGGUGAGAAAUUUAUGUGCACAGAAGUUGCAGAAACUACUCCAUCACCAUCACCAUCAUCUAAGUGUGAAAGUUGCGAUCUUCUGGGGACUUGUGUUCUAUGCUCUAAAAUAAAAAGGGUUGGAUAUGAUUCACCAGAACAGGAGCUGUGUUCUUGCAAUUCUGCAGUGUGUAAGGAGCUAGACAGCAUCUCUUCAUGCAAAUGCAAGGAUAGAAGCGAUCAGGGAGCUGCUGUCACCUCAGAAUCUGCUGAAAAAUGUGACUCCAGACAUUUAUUGAAGGAGAGGCAUGCAGAUUCUCAAAUGAAUGGUCAUGAAAAUGUUUGUGCGCUGUGCUACAAAGGUGGCGAACUCCUGUGGGUGCUGUGAGGGAAAAGGUUGCAGGAGAUGCUAUCAUCUAUCUUGUCUAGAUCCCCCCUCUUAACGAUUCUGUGCCAGGUGUUU